CUGCUCCAGUCUCGCGCCCGUUCCUCUGCCUCGCGCCGCACUGGGAUGUUGGCGGCGGCAGCAGAAGCGGGCGGCAAUUCGUGGGGCACCGAAAAGGAGGGGGAGGCGGGCGGCAAGAGGCUCCACCGCCAGUGAAAGGGGCGGAAAGACACCUCUCCUUCAACCUCUCCCCUCCUCCUCCGUCGUCGUCGUCGUCCUCCUCCUCUCGCGAAGCGCGCUGAGGGAACGGGGCGGACUCUGCUCCUCCUCCUUCGCCGCGCGUUAGGCGGAGAGACAGCGAGGAGCCCGGGGAGCAACAUGGCGGAGCACUCAGCCCCGGACCACAAGCACAAGCCCGGUGCCGCCGCCUCGUCAUCUUCUAACUCCGCCGUCGGCUCCCAAGCGCUGGCCAACAGCAGAGGCUCCUCGGCGGCGGCUGGUGCCGGGCCCCCGGCGGGCGGGGGCGGCCUAUCGGGGGGCCUGUCGCAGCCGGCGGGCUGGCAGUCGCUGCUCUCCUUCACUAUCCUCUUCCUAGCCUGGCUGGCCGGUUUCAGCUCCAGGCUCUUCGCCGUCAUCCGCUUCGAAAGCAUCAUACACGAGUUCGACCCCUGGUUUAACUACAGAUCAACACAUCAUCUUGCAUCACAUGGAUUUUAUGAAUUCUUAAACUGGUUUGAUGAAAGAGCGUGGUAUCCGCUAGGAAGAAUAGUAGGUGGGACUGUAUACCCAGGGCUGAUGGUGACAGCUGGCCUCAUACAUUGGAUUUUAAAUCUGCUUAACAUCACUGUCCACAUAAGAGAUGUAUGUGUGUUCCUUGCACCAGUUUUUAGCGGCCUUACAUCAAUUUCUACUUUCCUGCUUACCAGAGAACUGUGGAACCAGGGAGCAGGGCUUCUAGCUGCCUGUUUUAUUGCGAUAGUACCAGGUUACAUAUCAAGAUCAGUUGCAGGAUCUUUUGACAAUGAAGGGAUAGCUAUUUUUGCACUGCAGUUCACAUACUACUUGUGGGUAAAGUCUGUGAAAACUGGAUCAGUCUUCUGGACAAUAUGCUGCUGCCUAUCCUAUUUCUACAUGGUUUCUGCAUGGGGUGGUUAUGUUUUCAUCAUCAACCUUAUUCCACUGCAUGUAUUUGUGCUACUGUUGAUGCAAAGAUACAGCAGGAGGGUCUACAUAGCAUAUAGCACUUUCUAUAUUGUGGGCUUAAUAUUAUCCAUGCAGAUACCUUUUGUUGGAUUUCAGCCAAUUAGAACAAGUGAGCACAUGGCAGCUGCAGGUGUGUUUGCACUGCUGCAGGCCUAUGCUUUCUUGCAAUAUAUGAGAGACAGGUUGACAAAGCAAGAAUUUCAGACCUUGUUCUUCUUGGGUAUAUCAUUAGCUGCUGGAGUUGUAUUCCUAAGUGUUAUCUAUUUAACAUAUACAGGUUACAUUGCACCAUGGAGUGGCAGAUUUUAUUCAUUAUGGGACACUGGGUAUGCGAAAAUUCACAUCCCGAUCAUUGCCUCUGUGUCUGAGCAUCAGCCUACAACAUGGGUUUCCUUCUUUUUUGAUCUACAUAUUCUCGUGUGUACUUUCCCAGCAGGGCUGUGGUUCUGUAUCAAAAACAUCAGUGAUGAAAGAGUCUUUGUGGCUUUGUAUGCAAUCAGUGCUGUUUACUUUGCUGGAGUGAUGGUUCGUCUGAUGUUAACUUUGACUCCAGUGGUCUGUAUGCUGUCGGCAAUUGCUUUCUCCAAUGUUUUUGAGCACUACUUGGGUGAUGAUAUGAAAAGAGAGAAUCCACCAAUAGAAGAUAGCAGUGAUGAGGAUGAUAAAAGAAACCCAGGAAAUCUUUAUGAUAAGGCAGGUAAAGUGAGGAAACACAUAUCCGAACAGGAAAAAACUGAAGAAGGUCUUGGGCCCAAUAUUAAAAGCAUUGUUACAAUGUUGAUGCUAAUGCUGUUGAUGAUGUUUGCUGUCCACUGUACAUGGGUAACUAGCAAUGCCUAUUCCAGUCCAAGUGUCGUUCUGGCCUCUUACAAUCACGAUGGCACUCGGAAUAUUUUGGAUGACUUCAGAGAAGCAUACUAUUGGCUAAGACAAAACACAGAUGAACAUGCCAGAGUAAUGUCCUGGUGGGAUUAUGGCUAUCAAAUAGCAGGAAUGGCAAAUCGGACUACUCUAGUUGACAAUAAUACUUGGAAUAACAGCCACAUAGCCCUGGUAGGAAAAGCUAUGUCUUCAAAUGAGACAGCAGCAUAUGAGAUCAUGAGAAGUCUGGAUGUGGAUUAUGUAUUAAUAAUUUUUGGAGGUGUAAUUGGCUACUCUGGUGAUGAUAUCAACAAGUUCUUGUGGAUGGUGAGGAUAGCUGAAGGAGAACAUCCUAAAGAUAUCAGGGAAAGUGACUACUUUACUCCACAGGGAGAGUUUCGAGUUGAUAAAGCAGGCUCUCCAACUUUGCUAAACUGUCUAAUGUAUAAAAUGUCAUAUUACAGAUUUGGGGAAAUGCAGCUGGAUUUUCGGACACCCCCAGGAUUUGAUCGCACACGCAAUGCUGAGAUUGGGAACAAGGACAUUAAGUUUAAACAUUUGGAAGAAGCCUUCACAUCAGAGCACUGGCUUGUUAGAAUAUAUAAAGUGAAGCAGCUAGACAACAGAGAGACACUGGAUCAUAAGCCUAGGUUAACCAACAUUUUACCAAAACAGAAGUAUUUGUCAAAAAAGACUGCCAAAAGGAAGCGUGGCUACAUUAAGAAUAAACUAAUUUUAAAGAAAGGCAAGAGACCCAACAGGAAGACAGUUUAAAUACACUGUACUGAUUGCUAAUAUUGAAGCAGUUGUCCUUGAGAUAACCAGUCUUUGCCUUUAGCUCAAGUCAUGUUUCACAGCAACAUGAGGGUACAGAACCAUCAUUGGUCCAGAUUAUUGUACAAAAUUUUCAGGCAAUGUCUGACUUAAAUUUUGGCUUAUUGAGAACAGCUGUUUUAGAUUUGUAUUGUGGAGCAAGACAGAGCUGCUGCCCAGGUCUAGCAGCAGAUUUUUUAAAAAUUGGUACAUAUUAUCCUUCCAAUCAAUUGAAUUUGGACUGAUUGCACCAAAGAGCCCUUUAAUUCGGUCCUUGGCACAUGCAUACUUGUCAGUUUUUUAAGUUCUGCUGAACAGCAAUAUCUUAAUUGGAAUGGUGAAAUGUAUGAAUUGACAGUCUGACACUUUCAGAAGUGUGGGUAUUUUUAUAUUCAGCUACUAGAACAACUCCUUUUGAGAUAUUUAUUUUACAAGAUUUCAUGAUAUGUAUUCUCCUACUGCUGUAUGUUGUGUUCAGGACUGCAAGCCAAGCUGCAACUUCACUAAUCACAGGACAGAUUACAUAAUUGGAUGAUGCCAUUUGUUUUGAAAAGAGGUGGUCUUCCUGCCCUUAUGCAGGUGUGUUCCUGAAAUAUACAGGGAAGAUCUUGCACAGUUAGGUAGAUACAAGGGCUACAUUUGUAUCUUACAUCUGACACGACAGUAAUGAAUGCUACUAAGCACCAUAGCACCUGGUGUUUUCAGAACUUGCUUGUUUACCUACAUAUUUACAUAAUACAGUAAUUUGGCCUGUUAGGAGAAAAAUUGACAAGUAUUCAAUCAUUUUCUGUGGCUAUUACAAAGGCAGAGGGGUGUAUAAACCGCCCUGACUUUUUGAUGGGGUUAGGUUCCUGGAAAUGACGUUUUUCUCCAUAUCUUUAUUUAGUGCUUCAGUUGAUGAAAUUUAUGUUUGAAUAUGUGCUUUGUCUUUUAUAUUUUAUUGGAAAGGCAACUUAUCAAGUGCACUAAAUUACCAAAUGGAGACUGAACAUGCUCACUUUCCAGCUAUAGGAAACUUUACAAACUUGAACAUUCUUUAGUUAUUUUAAUAAAAUUUAAAAAAAAUGUAUGUGGGGGUAGGGUUCAUUUGACAGCCACAGGAUAUAAUUUUGAUAUAGGAAACAGCUUAUACCAGAUGUAUUGGUGUAAAGCAGAAUAGUAUGUACCUUCCAAACAAAAUAUCUAUUGCUCAGUGAGAAUGUUACUGCUGACUUUUCUUCUCAGAUGUAUAAUUUUUAUUUGUAAAUUCAUUUUUGAGUAAAGAGGUUAUUAAAUCAAUAAUGCAGUGGCAACAUUUUCACGAAACUACAAUCUGGAUUUCUGACCCUUUCUCAUUGAGAUUAUAUUACUUUGUUGCUUCAAAGCUCAAUGCAAACCCGUUGUUCACUAUAGGGAAAAAUAAAGUUAAAUCAAGUUUUGUGUUAAA